CCCCAAAUUAUUUGUGGAAACGUCUAUCUUCUAUGAAAUAAUAUUGUUUUUAUAUGUGUAAUAAUGUCAGCAAGAGCUGUUUAUCAAUGUGUAGGAGUUUCAGUACGAAAAUAUGAUUGAAUUCUCUUGAUUCAGUUACUUGUUUUGUAAUACCCUUUUAACUUGCAACUUGCGAUGCGAUUUCACCUUUAUGCUGUGUUAGAUAUGAAUAUUAAUGCUAUUGCUUCUUUGCUACAUGACAAUGAUGACAUUUGGAAGAAAAGUUUUGUGCUAUGCUGUGUAAAUUACGGUCACAAUUUAACAGUUCACUUGAUCGUGCAGUCAUAAAUUGUACGGGUGUGUAAAAAAAUUUGUCUGAUCUUCUUUCUUUCUGUUGUUGCAUUCAGAAUGGCUGAGGUUGCAGAUGUACGCCUAGCAAUGGAGACACUCUUUGUGACUUUGGAGAUAAGAAAAUUGAGGUUGAUGUCUGAUAAAGGGAAACUUAGGGGUGGAGCAGGCGAAUUACUCAUUGGAUUUGCCAGGAAUUUGAAUUUGGUAAACAUGGUUGUCUUGUCUGUUUUGCAGCUGGGGAUGAAUUUUGUUUCAAAUCCUCUCCCUUUGAUGUCUGGUGCACUGCUGAUUCUUGUGAUUGCAUCGUGGGGUUGUCUGGUCUUUGCUAGGAUCGCAGAUAGAAGACUGAGAUGCUCUUUGGAAGAUUUAAAGAAAAGGGAGAGUACAUUCCUUGAGAAUGUCAAUGAAUUCGCUGUCCUUAUCCAGAAAUCACAAAAAGUAUGCCAAUCGAAGGUGGCACCUGUAAGCCAGCAGGACUUGCCUGUCAACAGCGGUGAUGGACCUCCCGAUAUGUCUUGGCUGAUUAAAUUAGAGACACUCGAAUGUCGAUUUGAGCUGCUUCGUUCUCAUACUCCAGAUUCCGGCAUCCUUAAAGGAAAUCGCGUUGAAGGCAUCAUAAGGUUUCUAGCAGUCUCCUUUGUACUUCUAGGCUUCUGUAUGAUGAUUGUGAUAUACAGAAACCAGGAUUCCACAGAUUUAUGAAGGCUAAUUGUGAGUGGAUGUGCAGAUAAAAGAUUAACUUGAUUCCAGCUACUCACCAUUAACAUAGGUCUGUGAGGUUUGACAAGAUAUGGAGUUUGCACUUAUGCUUUUGCCUUGUUGCAGUUGCUACACUUGAUGCUUCUGUGCAUAAUGAUCACCUUUUUGUUGUUGUUGUUGUGUGCGUCUCUCUCUCUCUCUCUCUCUCUCUCU